AUGAGCACCCAAUCUUCUGACACAAAUCAGCUACAUGCGGAGGGCUCGUCAGGUAAUCUAGGUUGGCGCAUUUCGAGCGCCAUCCGUCGACAUAGCCACACGCAAAGCACUUUUUCGCCACCGAAUCCAAGCUUUCUUUCAGGAUUCAGCUCAAGCGCAGGGUCAUCUAGCAGGCAAUCUCAAGAUACUGAGCCGAGUACAUCGUAUCCCUCGACAGAGAAUCGCUUUUUAUAUCCUCGUUUCAUUGGGACCAAAUGUAUGUCAUCAUCACCCCAGGCGUCAGAUGCUAGCAGCGCCUCUACGUCACACAAAUCGCAGAUGCUCAGCUCCAGUGAUAUGCAGAACACCACAUCAAAAGAGCCUUUUCAAUACAAAACGCGUAAAGUUCGUCUCUCGCCUCACAUUGACUCAACACGCAAGCUUCUAUUUUUUCCGACAGAAUUUGAGAUUGAGGAAGGAGGUCGUCCUAUUCAAAUUGGUCGCUUCAGCGAAAACAGCAAAAAUCUUGAUGACUCUAAUCUAACUUCUCAAGAUGAAUCAAAUAUGACUGAAACGGUCUCAACAUCAAUGCAGCGAACAGCCACACAUAACUCCCACAGGCAGCCCGUUGUUGUGGGACGACGUAAAAUAUGCAUUGCAUUCCAGAACAAGGUCGUGAGUCGAUUACAUGCUGAACUUUGGUGUGAUACAAAUGGUAUCCUGUACCUUCGAGAUACAAAGUCGAGCAGUGGUACGUUUGUGAACCGCUGUCGACUUUCUCCACCAGGCGUACAAAGUGAUUCUUUCAGAAUUCAUGAUCAUGAUUUGAUCCAGUUUGGAGUUGACUACAGAGGUGGGUCUGUGGAUGAGUACCGUGCUAUUAAGCUUCGUUUUGAGACAAACUAUAACGUUAACAUACCAAAGCGAUCUAUCGAAUAUGGUCAGUCUGUGCUUCAAAAACUCGAGUCGGAGCACAUGCAGAAAAUCCAAAAUGGUUCCUCAGAGUCUACCUCGCCUCAGUCAAGUACGGAAAAAGGAAAGCUGAGUGAAUGCUGUAUUUGCCUGUUGAAAAUCCGGGUAUCUCAAGCUCUUUUUAUCUCACCAUGCUCGCAUAUGUUCCAUUUCAAAUGUAUUCGACCCAUGCUCCAACUCCAUCAUCCAGGUUUUUCGUGUCCUUUGUGCCGCUCGUUCUUUGAUCUGGAACAAGAUGCUCAAGACGAUACAGAUGAAGAGUGUUCAAGUAAGGAAGGGGUACCUCUAACUCUCGUGAAAGAACCAGAAUAA